ACCGGCCCAACAAGGGGAGGCAUCCACGUUUGGGCCAGAUUUGAAUCAAUAUAAACACUUGUCUGUCCAUGUGAGAAUGCUUGAAGAAAGAAGACGAAGAAGAAGAAGAAGAAGAGAGGACAAUGGGAAGCACCGGCGCCGUAGGAGCGGCUCAAAUUCCGACGAGCUUCGGCCACGAGCUCCGAGCAUGCCUUCGCUGCCGUCUCGUCAAGACCUACGAUCAGUUCAGGGAGUCGGGAUGCGAGAACUGCCCGUUCUUCAAGAUGGAUGAAGAUCAUGAACGCGUUGUAGACUGUACCACUCCUAAUUUCACUGGUACCAUUAUUGUGGCGAUUAGGAUUAUCUCUGUCAUGGACCCUACUCGGAGUUGGGCUGCUCGUUGGCUCCGCAUUGGAAAAUUUGUCCCAGGAUGCUACACUCUUGCAGUCUCAGAAGCACUUCCAGAAGACUUACAGACACUGUGUGAAGAUGAACGGGUGCCAUACGUCGCACCAAAACGAGUAUGACUGUUGCAGAACUACCAUAGCUCCAAAGAAGUCCUCUGGAAAGAAGUUAUAUUAGUGUAUCUUGGCGCAUCAUUGCUGGGUACUUUAGUGUGAUCAUUGUAUAUCCUGUUUCUAGGAAGUAAACUGGAAUUAUGUGAAUAUGUUAUCUACCUUGAAGUAUUUUAAGAUCUGAUUGAACUAGUCUUGGUUUUUGUUACUUGCAAGUAUACUUGCAAAGCUUUGAGGCAUUUUGAGCCUUAGCUGAAAAAAGGGUUCAGCAAUUUUCUUCUUAAGAUUAUCGUGGAAAAUUCGGGAAUUGUUUCAUGGUAUGAAGCAGACUUUGAUAUUCCAGUGGAGAUGGUCUAAUCAGGUAUUUUAGUAAAAUUACCAUGCUUAUCAGGU